CGAUAAAUAAGACAUGUACCUCAGUCGUUUCUAACGGUACAGCCACAUAGCUGGCUAAUUAGUUAGCUUCUAUACAUUGUUGUCCAGGUAAAUCAGUGACUUUUAAUGGUUUAAUUUAUCAUAGACUAAAGCAUAUAUGUAGUUAAUCGGUCAUUUCGAUGGCGCUCAAUGGCCAGCAGCGCGACGAUGAUACUAUCGACGAAGACGAAACGCCCACGAAGCAGCCGCGGUCCAACAAGGAGAUGACUGCCGGUUAUCUCAGAAAUGAGCCCAGCACUGAGGCAGCCGCGUCCGCCGGAAGAAGCACAUCCGACCGGCGGACCUCCAACUCGACGACGAGGCAUCGGAUCGACUCGGUGAAGAAAACAAGGCCGCCAUUUCCCUGGUUUGGGAUGGACAUUGGAGGCACUCUGGUGAAGCUUGUGUACUUCGAGCCAAAAGACAUCACAGCAGAGGAGGAGCAGGAAGAGGUGGAGAACCUGAAGAGCAUCCGGCGCUACCUAACCUCCAACACCGCCUAUGGUAAAACAGGCAUCAGGGAUGUGCACCUCGAGCUGCAGGACCUUACACUGUGCGGCAGGACGGGCAACCUGCACUUCAUCCGCUUCCCCACGCACGACCUGCCAGCCUUCCUGCAGAUGGGCCGCAACAAGCACUUCUCCAGCCUCCACACCACCCUGUGCGCCACUGGAGGGGGGGCGUACAAGUUUGAGUCUGAUUUCCGCACGAUGGCAGACCUGCAGCUUCACAAGCUGGAUGAGCUGGACUGUUUAAUUCGGGGGGUAUUGUACAUCGACUCGGUGGUGUCCAGUGGCCCCUCUGAGUGCUACUACUUUGAAAACCCCACAGACCCAGAUCACUGCAUGCAGAUGCCCUACACACUGGAGAACCCCUAUCCUCUGCUGCUGGUCAACAUUGGGUCUGGGGUCAGCAUCCUGGCUGUCUACUCUGAGAAUAACUACAAACGAGUCACUGGGACCAGCCUCGGUGGUGGGACCUUCCUGGGCCUGUGUUGCCUGCUGACUGGCUGCUCUACUUUCGAGGAAGCCCUAGAAAUGGCCUCUCAGGGGGAGAGCACCCGUGUGGACAAGCUGGUUCGGGACAUUUAUGGAGGAGACUAUGAGAGGUUUGGACUGCCAGGCUGGGCUGUAGCCUCAAGUUUUGGCAACAUGAUGUCCAAAGAGAAGAGGGAGUCGGUGUCCAAAGAGGACCUGGCCAGGGCAACACUGGUUACCAUCACCAAUAACAUCGGCUCCAUCACCAGGAUGUGUGCUCUCAAUGAGAACAUUGAGCGAGUGGUGUUUGUUGGGAACUUCCUUAGAGUGAACACCCUCUCUAUGAAGCUGUUGGCCUACGCCAUGGACUACUGGUCCAAAGGCCAGCUCAAAGCACUCUUCCUACGGCAUGAGGGUUACUUUGGAGCAGUCGGAGCCCUGUUAGAGCUUCUGCAUCCAUCAUAAGCUGUCGGAACUACAUCCAAAGAAGUACUUGUCAAUCUGCUGCAAAGAUCGAUAGCACUGUAGACUGUUCCACGGUGGGUUGUUAAGUUGGCCACUAGCCAGUUGCUGGUAAAUUUUGGUUGUGGCAGACAAACUGUCAGCAUUUGGAGGUCCUAUUAUGUUCUCAGAAAUCAAACUUGUUUGUAAACUGGUAAAAGUAUCACUUUAAAUUUUGACACACACCUGCUAUUGUGGUCAGUGGAUGGAAGUCAGUUUCCUUGCCCUGGCCUAGUUUGUGGCAGCAAAGUAGACAAAAGUUAUAUGUGUGCAGCAAUUUGCAGUAAAUGAGCCAGGUUUGGUCUGAAAGAUCUCAAGGAAAUUCACCGCUGUUGCCUGAAGUAAUACCUGUCGUCACGUAGUCUUGUCUUGUGGACUGCAAAUACCCCUCAAUGGGUAUCAGGUCCUGGGCCAAAUAUUUGCAAGUACUUUUUAGGGUUGAGUUUACCAUACUUAGGUACCAGAUGGGUGGGAUUUUGACCAGUCUACUCGGGUUAUAUUGUAUGAGUAUAUGGUUGGUAGGAUGUAAAGAUAAUUAAAGACCACACUAGAAGAGCAUGGACUUGAGGUUGUGACAAAAGAAACACAACCAAUACACACAGUGCAAUGCUUGUUUAGUCAAAACAACAGUUCUAAACCCAAAAAUACUGUCUACUAUCAUAUAAGACAAAGAUAAGCAAGAAAUCUUCAUAAUUAACUAGCUGAUUGUGCCAUUUUUAAGUCUACUGUAAUGUGAUCAAUGUUAUGUCAUUGUCCUAAUAGUACUCCCAUCCACCUGCUACUCUUGGUGAGCUUAAACAUGCGAAUCACUUACGACCACCUAUUGGUAGUUUUUUUUCUUUUCUUUUUUUUUUUUUUCUAAGACAGUUGCUGCAAAAAAACUUGCACGUUGUCCUCACUCAAUGUUGAUACACAGUUAGACUUACAUUUCAGUCUCUCUUAACUGAAACCAUAAUUGAGAAAAAUGCAUAAGAGGUCAUCAGACCUAUUCUGUAAUAGAUACAUUAACUGUUACUGUUUGCAGAAUUUACUGUAUUACUGUCUUAUCAUUUGCAUAUUGUUUCUGCCUCCUAUAAACGGUUAAUAUUUUUACUGACCCUCAAACAUCUACCUUGCGGAAGUGCCCUCGAGCCACUGCAACCCUCUGCUUAUAGAGAGAAAUCGGAGCACGUGCAAAGAUGGAUAUUUACAAAUGUGCACAGACAAUUGAAGUAAAAUUGGGGCAUUAUAUCCCUGAAUUUUCCCAGGAUUCAAGAAAAAAAAGUUCUUUUUAUACAGAAACUCAAUGCAUUCCUCCAAUGGAGAUUUUAAAACCCCGUGACUCCAGACCCGUGCUGUCUGUGUUUAGCAUGUUCAGUUUGUUUUUAAAUAUGGGUGUUUUUUAAAUUUAAUGUACGUCUUGGUCAAUCAGUCUUCCCAAGGCUUUUGUUUUUAAGAGGCAUGUAACAAGGUUGAACUUGAAGAAAAUUUAACAUUGUGUCUUUGAAGUAUGCUAUUUGUCCCAUCAUUUUAUUUAAUGGUUAUCCGUCCCAUUUUAAUGUCACCUGUUUGGUCAGUCAUCAGUCCAUUAAUGGAUUACAGGGACCAUAGUGAAACUACCUAAUGAGGAAAUCAAUAUAAUAAUGGUUGGAAACUCAGCGGAAGGAUUUUCAGCCGUCAGUUACUAGAGAUAAGGUAUCUUCAACUUGUAUAUACAGGAAGCUGAUUUUAAAUAAAGUGCCUGUCAUGUUUUUGUAUAGACUACAAUAAUGUGUUCAGCAAUGUGUUUGAAAACAAGACGAACUGAUUUGUAAUUCUCAAGGUUUCCCUUUACUGUUUGGUUGUACAUGUUUUUUUUUU